AUGGCGACGAGCAACCAUUCCAAUCAGCAGCAGAGGUACGCAAUGCGCGACCGUAAAGAUCCCCGUCGUAAAGAGGUCUACCGUCCGAGUCAAAACUUGCCUGGCCUCAAUCACGGCACCCGCGAGGCGCCUAUGCGUAGUGGCGAGUCAUCCCCACUGUCGAGUAUCCGAAGCGACAUUGGAGCUCUGGAUGAGCGUAUGCGCGAUGGGCUUGUCCAAGGCGAUGUCCUUAACCAGUCAACUCCCGACCAGAGGUCUAGCAUGCAGAUUGAGUGGUCUGCGGACAACAACAUGGAUAAUAUCGAACAAGGAAACCAUAUUCAAGACCCCGAUCAAUCGUGGGCUUCGCGCGACGCCCAUAUCGAGAACAUCGGCCUAAACAACGGACGUCAAUACUAUGAUCUUGACACGAGAGACCCUCACGAAUAUAGAUACAGUCGCCAUCCUCACUAUCAGACACAACAACGUCGGUCAGCCUCCCCUCGACCCAUCGAGGAGACGUCUUUCCGCUCGCGCAGCCCUCUGCAUCCAACAACCCGUUCUGGUGUACGUACAGCGCGGGACUUCGAAGAGCAGAAGGCUCGAAUCGAUCAAGAGGCUGCCGACUUCGAAGCAGAAUACCAGCAGCUGUUGCUAGAAGAGAGCGUCCAAAAGCGGAAUCAUAUCAAAGCCAUGGUUGAGGAGCAGAGGAGGAGGAUGUCGCGUUAUAGCUCAGACAUACUGGAUUCACCAGCACAAGAGUCAGUCCGGGACUCAUCGACAGUAGCCGACGACGGAGCGACUACGCAUCAUGGUCGUCGUGCGCUCAUGAGCCGGCCGCCAACAAUAAGUCCGGCACGCUUUGAGGUCAAGGACGAAAUGAAAGAGUUCAAUCCACCAGCUGGACCCCGCGGGAGUCUUAGAGGUUUCGCGGGCGACCGCAGCGCCCCUUCCGGACCACGCAACAACAUGUUCACCUCGUCGCCUGAGCUGACAAUCAGGGGUACUGCCGCCGCAGCUACUGUCCCGACACCUCUUCCAGCUUCUCAACACGAUAAGGGUCCCAACGCCUUCGAACGACGCGUCCUCGCUACCUUAGCCAAAGGCUACGCUCCACGAACAGAAAAGGUACCAGCUCCACCUCGCACAUUAGGUUACGAAGUGGCCAAGGACAUGGGCCGUGUCCGCUUAUACACAGAGCAUUACGGUGGCACCCGGCAGGAAGACUUGGCCUUGUGCAAGUGGGUGUUCGACACCGAGAAGGAGUGCCCUAACGGCAAGGAAUGUCCGUGUCGGCAUGAACCGCUUGAUGAUGAGGAGCUCGAGUGGAUUCGCACCAAUCCGGUUCCUCCUCAGAAAAACAUGAGGUUCCAUCCUGGUAGAUGGCUGGAGAGGCUGUUGCAGAAUUACUCCAACCCGAGGAUGCCGAAGGUGUCGAAGUUCGAUAGGGCAUGA